UCUUUUCAGAUCCAUUCAGCACAAGACUCGAGUCAGCGAACGGACUAUCUCUGCUUUAAGCAGAAUCCAAUCUUGUUAACCUGAUUUACAAUAAGUAAUGCAGACAGUUAUAUGCUCUCUCCUUCUCGAGGUUGCACAAUAGGUGGCCCAGCUGCGCUACAUCUCAAGGAUUUAGAGGCAAACAAAAUAGGAGACAUGUUUGGAAUAUAUUUAUCACAUCAAGUGCUGGAUCAAACUUGAAGUCGGUUUUUUUUUUUUUUUUUUUUUUUUUUUAAAUUCUGCAAACCGGAAAGGCCCUCUUGCCUCUCUGUUCUGUAGAUGCAUUUUAGCUUUCUUUUUAGAACACUUUUGGGUUUUUGUGCUGUUUUGUUAUUAAUAAGCUGUUCGGCUCCAUGAACUAAAAUACUGAUGGUAGAUGCCAAAGGAAAGAACAUGAAAUGUCUCACUUUUUUUUUGAUGCUUCCAGAAACUGUCAAGAACCGGUCCAAUAAAGGCCCCAAAAAGGCAAGUUCCAGUAGCAGCAGCAGCAGCAAGUUGCCACCAGUUUGUUAUGAGAUAAUCACCUUAAAAACCAAAAAGAAGAAGAAGAUGGCUGCUGAGAUAUUUCCCAGUAAGAAGCCAGCUAACAGCAACUCCAACUCCGUGCAGCAAUACCACCAGCAGAAUCUCAAUAACAAUAACACUAUCCCAUCCCCAAACUGGCAAGGACUCUAUGGGACCAUCCGAGAAAGAAAUUCAGUGGUGUUCAACAAUGAAUUGAUGGCAGAUGUGCAUUUUGUGGUCGGACCACCAGGUGGGACCCAGCUCUUGCCCGGACAUAAAUAUGUUUUAGCUGUGGGGAGUUCGGUGUUCCAUGCAAUGUUUUAUGGGGAGCUGGCAGAGGACAAAGAUGAAAUUCGUAUACCAGAUGUUGAACCUGCUGCUUUCCUUGCCAUGCUGAAGUAUUUGUAUUGUGAUGAAAUUGACUUGGCUGCUGAUACUGUUCUGGCAACUCUGUAUGCUGCAAAGAAAUAUAUUGUCCCCCAUCUAGCCAGAGCAUGUGUUAACUUCCUAGAGACCAGUCUCAGUGCAAAAAAUGCUUGUGUUCUCCUCUCUCAAAGCUGCUUGUUUGAAGAACCUGAUCUGACCCAGAGGUGCUGGGAAGUGAUUGAUGCACAGGCAGAACUUGCUUUGAAAAGUGAAGGUUUUUGUGACAUUGACUUUCAAACACUUGAAAGUAUCCUUAAAAGAGAGACUUUAAAUGCCAAAGAAAUAGUUGUGUUUGAGUCGGCUCUCUGCUGGGCUGAAGUAGAAUGUCAACGUCAGGACUUAACGCCUACCAUAGAGAAUAAGAGGAAAGUUUUGGGCAAAGCUCUCUACUUAAUUCGCAUCCCUACCAUGGCGCUUGACGAUUUUGCCAACGGUGCUGCGCAGUCCGGAGUGUUGACUCUCAAUGAAACAAAUGAUAUCUUUCUUUGGUAUACAGCUGCUAAGAAACCAGACCUAGAGUUUGUAAGCAAUCCUCGAAAGGGCUUAGUCCCUCAGAGGUGUCAUCGAUUUCAAUCCUGUGCCUACCGCAGCAACCAAUGGCGUUACAGAGGCCGCUGUGACAGCAUCCAGUUUUCCGUGGAUAAACGAGUAUUUAUCGCAGGCUUUGGUCUCUAUGGCUCCAGCUGCGGGUCAGCAGAAUACAGUGCAAAAAUUGAACUGAAACGACAAGGAGUGAUAUUGGGACAGAAUCUAAGCAAAUAUUUUUCAGAUGGAUCCAGCAAUACUUUCCCUGUUUGGUUCGAGUAUCCCGUGCAAAUUGAGCCAGACACGUUCUACACAGCCAGCGUGGUCCUGGACGGCAAUGAAUUGAGUUACUUUGGACAGGAGGGAAUGACUGAGGUGCAGUGUGGGAAAGUAACUGUACAGUUUCAGUGUUCCUCAGACAGCACAAAUGGAACCGGGGUGCAAGGUGGACAGAUACCAGAACUUAUUUUCUACGCCUAACGCAAUGUACUUUCUAUAGUCUAAUAGACAUUUUGUGCAAUUUUGAGUAUGGGAAUAUACAGAAUGUGAUUUAUAUCUAUAUUUAAAGUACCUGUGACAACACUUUCUUAUAUCUAGUACACUUUAGCUGUUACGUUUGGUAUAGAUUAGUUGUACAGUGUAAAUUAAAGGCACUUUCUAAAAUGGUUUCUAAAACCUUCAUUAAACUGAACUCUGCUUAUUACAAAUGAGAAAGUAUUUUGAUAACUGCAUUGUACCAGUGUAUCUUAUGUUUUGCGUUAACAAGUUAGAGUUUAUAACAGAUGUAUAUUUCUAUCUUUAUCCCAUAAAUAGAGAACACUAUGUACAUUCAAAUAUUUACAGACUGAAAUGCUGUCACAAAAUUAUCAAGCCUUGAGAAAAUGAAUCUGACGAUCCCAUGAAAAACCCUAUUUAAAUGUACCGCUACAAAUGCUCAACUCCACCCUCCAGUCCCCCAAUAUUCUAUUCUAGAUAGCUAUAGGCUGCACAUUUCAUUUUACAAUGUUUGGUUCUUCAUAUGGUAAGUACAGUGUUGUUACAUUUAAGUUGAUUUCUGCACUGUCUUUAGUUAAUGUUUGGAAUCUCCUCCUUUUUCUAUGUGGAUGCAGUUUAAUCUGUGACAACUAAACCUUUUUAUUUUUGACAGCAGUAAUAAUCUGUUGUACCUUGAGACCAGCAGGUUAUAAACAACCUGAGAACUUACGAGGAUAUUUGUCCAAAAAUGUUUUUAUUUCUGUUAAACCAAUGACCUUUUAUUUUUCGCAAGCUGUAAAAAUCUAAACCGCUGUCUUAUGACCUAUGACUCCUACAGACAACGGUAAUCAUAAAAUACAUUUUUAUUUACUUUGUUAUGACCUGUGUUUGGUUUCCUAGUCAUUCAAGACGCCAGUACUAUCUAUUACUACUGCAGUUUAAUUGAUGCUUUGUUCCACAAUUAUAAUAGCACUGUUGACUGUUCUUUUGAAUUUUCCAAAAUAAAUGUAGUAAGCCUAUUAAAAUA